AGACGGAAAUACGGAACUUAAUUCCGCAUUUAGAGUUUUGUUGUUGCCUGGGGUUGUCACAGACGCCAAAAGGCAAAAAUCACAACAGAAAACAUGCCUUCGAAGAAAAAAAGAAAGUCUAUUUCUGAAGAUAAAAAAGCAAAAGCACCCGAUUUUCAAUAUCCAACCGAAGCAAUCCCAUCAAAUAUACCGGAUAUUCCCCCACCUGGUCAAGCACUGCUGACAGUUCUGCAAAGCAAUGAAGUAAAUGAGAAACAAUUCCUGGGGUUAAAGCUUCCUACAAAGAUUUUUGAACAGUUGACGAUUCAAGAAAUACGUGAUUUGAAAGUUGUUUUUGAUGCAUUUGAUUUGGACAACUCUAGCACAAUUGACAUAAAGGAAUUACACAGAGCCAUGAAAAUACUUGGAUUUCAGGUUUCUAGGAAUGAAGUUCGUGAUAUGAUGGCAGAUGUAGACACACAGAACCGUGGAGAAAUAAGUUUUGCUGAUUUUUUGCUGUUUAUUAUUGAAAGACAAAGUGAUUCUCGUGAUAUACUGGAAGAAAUACGUCAUGGAUUCAAAAUGUUUGUUGAUCCUGAUGAAGGGCUUGUUACGGCAACUUCUCUAAAGAAAGUAUGUAGAGAUGCAGGUGUUAAGUUUAAUGAUAAAGAAAUAGCCAACAUGAUGGAAGUAGCAGACACAAAUGGUGAUGAAGUCAUUGAUGAAGAUGAAUUUCUAGCGAUCAUGUUAAAGACAAAUUUGUUUUAGUGUUUCUCCCUUUUCAGUGUUAUCUAUUUUUCUUUACUGUGGAUUUGUUAUACAAUGUACUAAUCAUGUUUUGAUGGUUUAUAGAAAUUUCGUAUAACCAUAAUUUUAUUUUUAAAAUACAAAAAACGUAAUCCAAUUUUGGCCCCACAUACAGUUAUGUAUUUCCGAUUGCAGAAUGUGCAAGUGUUUUAAAUUCCCAGUUUUCCACCAUCACGUAAAAAGCAUGGGGAAACACUGCGAUUUUGUAUACUUUAUAAUAAAAAAAAUUCAUUGUUUUUUAUUAGAGUCCGUCUUUUAUAUUCCAAAAAUAAAGUGUUUCAAAAAUUAUAAAA